GUGAGCUCGAAGCCUUCCCUUUUAUCACCGUAACGAAUCGAUUUACCGGCGUCUCUCAUCGGUUACCCGGCGGCGGCGGAAUCCAACACAUCGCCGGCGUUUCUUGCUCUCCCUCACCGAUUACUUUUCAUGUGUAAGAAAUCUUCGCCGCGAUCACCCCCUCGAAUGAGACGCCCCACACCUGUUCCCGAUUAUUGGCGUCAUAAUCUGAUCUAAAGUUCUUUUAACUAGCCAUUCCCGAACUUUUUUUUUGAUGAUUCAGAUCUGGCAAGCGUAUCUGGUUCUUACUUGCUGUCAUUGAUUUUCCCAGUUUAGUAAUUCGGAAACCCUCCCUCAGGUCAGGUUUGGUGUUGUUGAGCUCGAGAUGAGCUCUCGAGCUGGGAAAUCGACUUAUCGGGACCGGACUCAGGAAUUUGUCAAGGCUGUUGAGAGCUUAAAGAAGACAGCUCCACCUGCACCAGAAGUACCAAGCCUUAGUGAUGCAUUGAGCUUGGAUAGUUAUAAUUCGGCUGCCUCAAACCAGUCGGAGUUCAACAAGAGAGCUUCCAGAAUUGGGCUGGAGAUUCAUCAGGCAUCCCAAAAGCUUGCUAAGCUCGCAAAAUUGGCAAAAAGGACAUCAGUGUUUGAUGACCCAAGUGUUGAGAUUCAACAACUCACAACAGUUAUCAAACAGGACAUUACCGCUUUAAAUUCUGCAGUUGUUGAUCUGCAACUCCUCUGUAAUUCACAAAAUGAAAAUGGAAAUAUGUCCAGAGAUUCUUCAAGUCACUCAACAAAUGUGGUUGAUAAUUUAAAGAAUCGUUUGAUGAAAGCAACAAAGGAGUUUAAAGACAUUUUAACCAUGCGGACUGAGAACUUCAAGGUUCAUGAAAACAGAAGACAGAUGUUUUCCUCGUCAGCCUCAGAGGAUUCAAGCAAUCCUUUCCUUCGACAACGCCCACUGGCUUCCAGGGGACAUAAUGACUCUUCUGCUCCCCCAGCACCAUGGGAAAGUGGCUCAAGCAAUUCUUCUACCUUGUUUCUCAGAAGGACAAGUACAGACCCUUCCUCAUCAACUAAACCUUUGAUCCAACAGCAGCAGCAACAAAUGGCUGCCGUGCAGGACAGCUACAUGAACACCAGAUCAGAAGCACUUCACGGUGUCGAAUCUACAAUUCAUGAACUCAGCAAUAUUUUUACACAACUCGCUACAAUGGUCUCGCAACAGGGAGAGCUUGCACUCAGGAUCGAUGAAAACAUGGACGACACAUUGGCGAAUGUCGAAGGAGCUCAAAGUCAACUGCUCAAGAAUCUCUCGAGAAUAUCUUCCAACAGAUGGCUGAUGAUUAAGAUAUUCUUUGUGCUUUUGGUCUUCCUCAUGAUCUUCCUUUUUUUUGUCGCUUAGAAUCAUAUUUGCAACUAUAUUUUUUCUCAGUGAUCUUGUUUUCUCUCCUAUUUAUUGGCGAAUUGCCAUAUAAUUCUGUGUGUUAACCACAGAAGUUCAGAAACUACGAAUGAUAUUCGUGAAGUAGAAACAUUUAAUGUGAAAUGUGGUUCAUAGAAAUAUCA